AUGUCGGAGAGCUAUGAUGUCGGCACGAGAGCGUGGCAGCCCGACCCAAGCGAGGGCUGGGUUGCGUCCGAGGUUGUCAAGAAGACGGUAGACGGGUCAAAAGUCAUCCUCGAGUUUCAGCUGGAAAAUGGCGAGACCAAAACGCUCGAGGUCUCACUCGAGGCCCUCCAGUCUGGAAACGACCCAUCACUGCCGCCGUUGAUGAACCCUACCAUGCUGGAGGCCAGCGAUGACCUGACCAACCUUUCGCAUCUCAACGAGCCGGCCGUCCUGCAGGCUAUUCGUCUCCGAUAUGCCCAGAAAGAAAUAUACACAUACUCGGGUAUCGUGCUAAUAGCGACGAAUCCCUUCGCCCGAGUCGACUCCCUCUACGUCCCAGGCAUGGUCCAGGUCUACGCUGGGAAGCAACGGGCAACACAGGCCCCGCAUCUGUUUGCCAUUGCUGAGGAGGCUUUCAUGGACAUGUUGAGAGAUGGCAAGAACCAGACCAUUGUCGUCUCGGGUGAGUCCGGUGCCGGAAAGACCGUCAGCGCCAAGUACAUUAUGAGAUACUUUGCGACAAGAGAGUCGCCCGACAGUCCAGGCUCCAGGGCGAAGAAGGGCCCUGAGGCUAUGAGCAAGACCGAGGAGGCCAUCCUUGCGACAAAUCCGAUCAUGGAAGCCUUCGGCAACGCCAAGACUACGAGAAACGACAAUUCCUCGCGCUUCGGCAAGUACAUCGAGAUCAUGUUUGACAAGGGGACCAACAUUAUCGGUGCUAAGAUCAGGACGUAUCUGUUGGAACGGUCAAGAUUGGUCUUUCAGCCGCUGAAGGAGAGGAACUACCACAUCUUCUACCAACUGGUGGCCGGUGUGUCGGACAAGGAGCGAUUGGAGCUGGGCCUGCUACCGAUCGAGCAAUUCGAGUACCUGAACCAGGGCAAUACCCCGACUAUCGACGGCGUCGACGACAAGGCCGAGUUUACUGCCACCAAGCAAUCACUCAAAACGAUCGGAGUGAGCGAUGUGUACCAGGCUGAGAUCUUCAAGCUGCUUGCGGGUCUGUUGCAUUUGGGCAAUGUGAAGAUCGGUGCGGCCCGGAAUGACAGUGUGCUUUCGGCGACUGAGCCGUCCCUGGUAAAGGCCUGUGAGAUCCUGGGCAUCGAUGCUCCCGAGUUUGCCAAGUGGAUUGUUAAGAAGCAGCUCAUCACUCGCGGCGAGAAGAUCACGUCCAAUCUCACACAAGCCCAGGCCAUUGUCGUCAGGGACUCGGUGGCCAAGUUCAUUUACUCCAGCCUCUUUGACUGGCUGGUGGAAAUCAUCAACCGGAGUCUUGCGACAGAGGAAGUGCUCAACCGCGUGCACUCAUUCAUCGGUGUGCUCGAUAUCUAUGGUUUCGAGCACUUCGCCAAAAACUCGUUUGAGCAGUUCUGCAUCAACUAUGCCAACGAGAAACUGCAACAAGAAUUCAACCAGCACGUCUUCAAGCUCGAGCAGGAGGAGUAUCUCAGGGAGCAGAUCGAUUGGACCUUCAUCGACUUUGCCGAUAACCAGCCCUGUAUCGACUUGAUCGAGGGCAAGCUCGGCAUUCUUUCGCUGCUCGACGAGGAGUCAAGGCUGCCGAUGGGCUCUGACGAGCAGUUCGUGACCAAGCUGCACCACAAUUAUGCUGGAGACAAGCACAAAUUCUACAAGAAGCCUAGGUUCGGCAAGUCUUCCUUCACCGUCUGUCACUAUGCCAUCGACGUCACGUACGAGUCGGACGGCUUCAUAGAAAAGAACCGUGACACGGUUCCGGACGAGCAUAUGGCAGUUCUCCGCGCCUCGACCAACAAGUUCCUCGGCGCCGUACUCGAAGCAGCCUCACAAGUGCGGGAGAAGGACGUUGCUUCGGCCAGCUCUAAUGCAGUGAAGCCAGUGGCAGGCAGGAGGAUUGGUGUGGCUGUUAAUCGCAAGCCCACACUUGGUGGCAUCUUCAAGUCCUCGCUGAUUGAGCUGAUGAACACCAUCAACAGCACCGAUGUGCACUACAUCCGGUGUAUCAAGCCCAACGAGGCCAAGGAGGCUUGGAAGUUCGAGGGUCCAAUGGUGCUGAGCCAGCUCCGCGCCUGCGGUGUCUUGGAAACCGUCCGCAUAAGUUGCGCCGGUUAUCCUACGAGGUGGACAUACGAAGAAUUCGCCCUGCGGUACUAUAUGCUAGUGCCCUCGUCACAGUGGACCUCCGAAAUCAGGGAGAUGGCCAACGCUAUCCUGACCAAAGCCUUCGGCACCAGUACUGCCAAGGGCAUGGACAAGUACCAGCUGGGCCUGACGAAGAUCUUCUUCAGAGCCGGCAUGCUGGCUUACCUCGAGAAUCUCCGGACCAACAGGCUGAACGAGUGCGCCAUCAUGAUCCAGAAGAACUUGAAGGCCAAGUACUACCGCAAGAAGUACCUGGAUGCUCGCGCCUCCAUCAUUGCGUUCCAGGCCGCCACAAGAGCCCACAAGGCUCGGAAGCAGGCACAGGAGCUGCGGACCAUCAAGGGGGCCACCACGAUCCAGAGAGUGUGGCGUGGUCAGAAGCAGAGAAAGCAGUUCCUGCGCAUCAGGAAUGAUGUCAUCCGUGCCCAGGCCGCCUUCAAAGGCUACCUUCGGCGCAAGGAGAUCAUGGAGACCCGGCUGGGCAACGCUGCCCUCAUCAUCCAGCGGAACUGGCGGUCGAGGAGGCAACUCCGGUCAUGGCGGGACUACCGCCGCAAGAUUGUCAUUGUGCAAAGCUUGUGGCGCGGCAGGACGGCUCGCAGGGAAUACAAGGUCAUCCGUGCCGAGGCUCGCGACCUGAAGCAGAUCUCGUACAAGUUGGAGAACAAGGUGGUGGAGCUCACGCAGUCCCUGGGCACCAUGAAGGCUCAGAACAAGGAGCUCAAGACCCAAGUGGAAAACUAUGAGGGGCAGGUCAGCAUCUGGAGGAACCGGCACAACGCUCUCGAGGCGCGUGCCAAGGAGCUGCAGACCGAGGCCAACCAGGCCGGUAUUGCUGCUGCCCGUCUCGAGGUGAUGGAGGCGGAGAUGAAGAAACUUCAAGCCAGCUUCGAAGAGUCGGUAGCCAGUGUCAAGAGGAUGCAAGACGAGGAACGCCAGCUACGGGACUCUCUGCGUGCUACGAGCACGGAGCUCGAGGCUGCGCGCCAGGAAAGCCAGCGGCACGAGGCCGAAAAGAACUCACUCCGGCAACAACUUCUCGAGCUCCAAGAGGCGCUCGAGCAGGCCAGGAGAAAUGUCCCCAUCAAUGGCGAGCCCGCCAAUGGUCAUGUGCCCGCUCCGACUGCGCCUGCCGGCCUCAUCAACUUGGUGUCGGCUAAGAAGCCCAAGCGGCGGAGCGCGGGGGCUGAAGUUCGCGAACUGGAUAGGUACAGCAUGGCCUACAACCCUCGCCCCGUCUCCAUGGCUGUGCCCGGCAUGAACCGCCAGACCACCUUGUCUGGGUCGACGUUUAUUCCGGGUGUCGACAGCAUCGAGCUGGAACUGGAAUCCCUGCUCGCUGAUGAGGAGGGCCUCAACGAGGAAGUCACCCUGGGUCUCAUCCGUAACCUGAAGAUUCCAUCGCCGGCAAGCAACCCGCCGCCUUCAGACAAGGAGGUCCUUUUCCCUUCGUUCCUCAUCAACCUGGUCACGUCGGAAAUGUGGAACAACGGCUUCGUCAAGGAGUCGGAGCGCUUCCUUGCCAACGUCAUGCAGUCCAUCCAGCAGGAGGUCAUGCAGCAUGACGGUGACGAUGCCAUCAACCCCGGAGCCUUCUGGCUUUCCAACGUGCAUGAGAUGCUCUCGUUUGUAUUCUUGGCGGAGGACUGGUAUGAGGCGCAAAAGUCGGACAACUAUGAGUAUGACCGCCUGCUCGAGAUCGUCAAGCACGAUCUUGAGAGCCUCGAGUUCAACAUCUACCACACGUGGAUGAAGGUCCUCAAGCGCAAGCUGAACAAGAUGAUCAUCCCUGCCAUCAUCGAGUCGCAGUCACUGCCGGGCUUCGUUACGAAUGAGAACAACCGCUUCUUGGGUAAGCUCCUGCAGGGCAGCAACCAGCCGGCAUACAGCAUGGACAACCUUCUUUCCAUGCUCAACAGUGUCUACCGUGCCAUGAAGGGAUACUACCUUGAAGACUCGAUUAUCAACCAGACCAUCACGGAGCUGCUCCGGCUGGUUGGUGUGACGGCCUUUAACGACCUGCUCAUGCGCCGCAACUUCCUCUCGUGGAAGCGUGGUCUGCAAAUCAACUACAACAUCACCCGCAUUGAGGAGUGGUGCAAGAGUCACGAUAUGCCCGAGGGCACGCUCCAGCUUGAGCAUUUAAUGCAAGCGACAAAGCUCCUUCAGCUCAAGAAGGCUACCCUGAACGAUAUCGAAAUCAUUCAGGACAUCUGCUGGAUGCUCUCUCCCAACCAGAUUCAGAAGCUCCUGAACCAGUACCUUGUCGCUGACUAUGAGCAGCCAAUCAACGGCGAGAUCAUGAAGGCGGUCGCGUCGCGGGUGACGGAGAAGAGCGAUGUCCUGCUCCUCCCGGCUGUCGAUAUGGACGACAGCGGGCCUUACGAGAUCGCCGAGCCCAGAGUCAUCACGGCGCUGGAGACGUACACCCCAUCGUGGCUGCAAACCCCACGGCUGAAGCGCCUCGCCGAGAUUGUCUCGCAGCAGGCCAUUGCCCAGCAGGAGAAGAUGGACUUCGGCUCCCACCCUGGCGAUGGCGACCUCGACGAAGGCGACGAUGACGACGACGACGACUACAACGGCAAUGACAUGGCCGAGGUGGAUGAGCGCCAGGACGGGCGCCCGGGAAGUGUCGUGGCCAGCGCGGCCUAG